AUGGCGACGCGUGUAGGCUAUGCGCUCCUCUUUUGUGUGGAUGCCAUAGCGGCGUGGAUUAGCUUGACGCCGAGUCUCGCUCGAUCCAUUGAGGAGUGGACGUACAAGUAUGUGCAAGUGCAGUGCAUUCAGCAAGAGACGUGUGUCGGUGUUUUAGCCGUUCAUCGUAUAACCUUUGCCUUGGCUCUCUUCCAUGUCGUCUUGGCCCUAUUGCUCGUCGAUGUGCACGACACACGGAAUCCGCGCGCUACGAUCCAGAAUGGAUGGUGGGGUCCCAAGAUCUUGGCAUGGAUCUCGCUGGUGGUGUGCACCUUUUUCCUGCCCAGUGCCUUCUUUGUGUUUUGGGCCAACUACAUUGCCCCUGUGUUCGCAGUCAGCUUUAUCUUUUUGGGACUCGUCUUGCUGGUUGAUUUCGCGCACUCCUGGUCGGAAGCAUGCCUGGAUGAGUGGGAGCGGCAAGGCUCUGAUGUCUGGAAGUACGUGCUUGUAGGCACGACGCUCGGGUUGUAUGGGAUGGUCCUUCUAGCCACGCUGCUUUUGUAUCUGUUCUUUGCUACGGGGCCAUGCACUAGCAACCGCGUCCUCAUCACCAUCAAUUUACUACUGUCUGUGGUGCUUACCGUGCUGUGUGUGCACCCACGCAUCCAGGAGGCCAAUCCACGCAGUGGGCUGGCGCAGAGCAGUAUGGUCUUGGCCUAUAUGACGUAUCUGCUCACAUCGGCGCUGAUGAACCGCGAUAACAAGCAGUGCAAUCCUAUUGCUCGGGGCCGUGGUGAAAGUGCGCAUACAACGACAGCCGUGCUUGGCGUUGUGUUUACAUUCUUGGCGAUUGCCUACUCCACCACGCGGGCGGCGACGCACACGCUGAUGCUCGGUGGGGAUCGCACUACGGGCGAUAUUGCCUUGGACCCUGAGCCCGUAGCGAUGGAGGCGCCCAUCUCUGUGCCACCUGCGCCGAAGAAUACGUUGCGUAUUGAGGCCAUCCGAUCGGCUGUCGCAGCAGGCUCUCUCCCUUCGUCUGUGCUGGACGACGAGCUGCAAACACAGCAGGACGAGGGCCGUGUGUUGGUGAACACGAACGAUGAUGAGCGGGCUGGCACGCGCUACCACUACAGUGUCUUCCAUGUGAUUUUCGCUGUAGCCGCGUGCUACACUGCCAUGCUGCUUACGGAUUGGCACGCAGUGCGCGCUGUGAAAGAAUUCUGA